AUGAAGGCCUUCGCGACGCUCCUCCUCGCCGCCCUGGUCUCGGGCUCGCUCGCUUCCUCACACGCGUCCACCUCGCCCCACCGACGCCACCACAACAAGGGGCCCCUCGAUGCCGAACAGGCCAUCGCAAAGCGCGCAACCUACUCGGGCAUGGCCACCUGGUACGACGUCGGCACCGGAAACGCUGGCGCUUGCGGCAAGUUCCUCAACCCCGGACAGCACGUCGUCGCCCUCAACCAGCCCAUGUACGGCGACCUUGGCCAGCGAUCCUCGUGGUGCGGCAAGACCAUCGUCAUCUCCAACGGUCAAAAGACUGCCACCGCCACCGUAGAGGACGCUUGCCCCACCGGCGGAGGAAACUGCUUCUACGGCUCCCUCGACAUGAGCGUCGGCCUCUUCACCGAGUUCUUUGACCUCGGCAAGGGCGUCUUCCCCAUCACCUGGUGGCCCGCAGGCGAGGGCGGCGGAGACUCGGGUGGCAACAGCAACAACAACAACAACAACAACGGCGGCGGUAAUAACAACAACAACAACAACAACAACAACAACAACAACAACAACAACAACAACAACAACAACAACAACGACAACAACGACGACGACAACGGUGCCGCCGCCGCCGCCAAGAAGAAGGCCCAGCAGCAGGCCCAGCAGGCUGCUGCCGAAGCCUCCUCGUCCGCCGCCGCCGCUUCGUCCUCCGCGGCCGCCUCGCGAUCCGCCGCCGCCUCGCGCGCUUCCGUAUACAGCGUCACCAAGGCGGCGGCGCGUGCCAGCGCCUCGGCUUCCAAAGCCGCCGCCAAGUCGCGCGCCAGCGUCCGCGCCAGCAAAUCGGCCGCCGCCGCCGCCUCGUCCGCCUCGGCUGCUGCCGCCGCUUCCGCCGCCGCCGCCACCCCCACCGGCAACCUCAACAACUUCGCCAACCUCUACGACGGCCUCUCCAAGAUCAUCAUGGAGCAGGCCGACUCGUGA